CCGUACGGAACCUAAAACAACUCGCCGAGUGAAACAACCGAGUCACCGAGUUUAUAGCUUUAAUAUACGCGACGACCCGUUUGGGGGCGAAUCUUGAAUCUUUCUUACAUUUCUAUAUAAAAAAAACAUGACUUGCUGUUCCUUGUCAUGUUUAUCCUGGAAAUGAUAGAAAAGGAGAGGAAAACAGGAAAAUAGAAGAAUAAAGGAAAAUAAUGGAGUUGAGCUUGGAUUUGAGUUUGGUUUAUGUACCGAAAACUAUAUCUGAGUUUCUGAAAGAAGUUUCGAAGAUCAAAAAUGGGUUUCAAAGGUUAGCCAAGAUUACGGAUUAUCUUCAAAGAUUGGAAGAUGAGAUGAAGAAAAUCGAUGCCUUUAAACGCGAACUUCCUCUUUGCAUGCUUCUUCUCAAAGAUGGGAUUGAGAGAUUAAAGGAGGAAGAAAUACAGUGUAAGGAAAUGAAUGAUGGAUCAGUGACCGAGGAAAAUGGAAGGGAAACUAUGGAUAACGAUGGCGGUGAUAAGAAAAACUGGAUGAGUUCAGUUCAGCUAUGGAACUCUAAUUUUAACAACGUUGAUCCCCACAACAAACCCAACACAGUUCCAGAACUGAAACUGACAAGUGAAGAAGGAGAAGAUGGGUCUGAGAGUGAGAACCCAAUUGAAAUUUGUAAUAAGCAAAGAAAGGGAGGGGCUUUUGUUCCAUUUAAGGAACAAGCUGAUAAGAAAGUUUCAGGGCUUUCCCUUAUGACCCCAAGUUCUGAAUUGGCUUCAUGUAUCUUGAAGAACAAUGGCGGCUGCCGAAUUGGUUCAGGCUCUUCUUUAUAUGCACAACAAAAUCAAAUUAAGUUUCAGACAAAGUCACAAAUCCGACACGAGGAACAACCUCAGCAGCAGAAUUCUAGGAAACAAAGGCGGUGCUGGUCGCCUGAGCUCCAUAGACGAUUUGUUGAGGCACUUCAACAGCUUGGAGGCUCUCAAGUGGCCACUCCUAAGCAGAUUAGAGAACUGAUGCAAGUUGAUGGUCUCACCAAUGAUGAAGUGAAAAGCCAUUUGCAGAAAUACAGACUUCAUAUCCGGAAACUUCCAGCUUCUUCUUCCGGGCAAGGGAAUGAGCUGUGUUCAGCUCAAAAUCAGUGCAAUGUGAAGAUGAAAGCAAGCAUGUCACAGUCUGGUUCCCCACAAGGUCCCCUCCUUGGUAGUGCUUCAGCUAAAGAUAUGUCGAGUACCGGGGGCGACAGCAUGGACACCGAAGAUGAAAAAUCUGAUGGGCAUAGUUGGAGAAGUGGGAUUAAAAAGCCUGGAGAGGUUGAUGUAUAGUCGGAUAACACUUAUUCCCCAUGAAUUUUGCAGAAACAUGGGGAGAAAAACAUAUUGACUUACUGAGAAUAAUUUAGUAAAACAUCUAGAGGAAUUUGAAAUCAGUAUUCUGUUUGAGGCACUAAGGGAUUUCUAAGACAUUAUGCCGAUAUCAUGGACUGGUUUAGUUUGUCUCCAUGAUUCAACUUCCUUCUCUGAAUAUGAAAGUUUGUCUAAUUCCUGAUGAUGGAUUUGUAGGAACCAAAAUGACAAUUUUUAAGAGUUCUUUCAUUUAUGUUUAGACUUAACCCUCUUUAAUUUACAACUGAUGUACUUUAUAAUAUAUGUGAUAUUUGAGGUUUGAUUU